AUGGGCUCAGACACAGAUCUGGCGACCUUGCGUCCCGGCAUUGAGAUUCUCGACACCAUGGACAUCCCCUACGAAGUCCACAUCACUUCGGCCCACCGCACACCACAAUACAUGCUCGACUUCGCAAAGGGCGCCGCGGGACGGGGGCUCAAGGUCAUCAUCGCCGCUGCCGGCGGCUCUGCUCACUUGCCGGGAAUGCUGGCCUCGGAGACGGUCCUCCCCGUCAUCGGCGUCCCCGUCAAAGCCAUGGCGUUGGACGGACUCGACAGUCUGUGCAGCAUCGUCUCGAUGCCGCGAGGCAUCCCCGUGGCCACCGUGGGCAUCUCCAACAGCGUCAACGCGGCCAUCCUGGCGGCGAGGAUUGUUGGGACCAGCGACGAAAAGGCUCAGAAGUGGGUGGCGGACCAUCUCAAGAAGAUGGACGACGACAACAUGGCCAAGGAGCGCCGUCUCCAGGAGGAGGGGUGGUCAACGUACAAGAAACUGGACUCAUAA